AUUUUUCUGCAGGUUACAGAUGAGUAAAUAGUCAAUUUACCCAGUUGCCCAGUUCUCCUUCAGUGUCAUUUGGUAAUGGAUGACAAGAAAGUUGCCGAAAAACCCUCUUUUUUGAAAAGGAAAGCUGCCUUGAAAGUUACGUUCUGCGUCAAGAAAACGCGAGAUGCAUCUCAUAAAAAGAUCUCAGCAAUUUUGCGGAAAGCAGAGCAUGAACGCACAGAGGAAGAACUGCAAUAUUUAUGUAAGGAUGAUAACAUCGUGCAAGAAGUCAAGGAAAAACUCCUCAAGAGACAGCGACUAAAAGAUCGAUUGCAGGAGUUUGAAGAUCCUCCAGAAGUCUUAAACAAUAAGUGCAUUCUUCUGGCUAAGGCAAUAUCGCAGUCAAAACAUUUGGUUGUGUACACUGGUGCGGGUGUCAGUACAGCAGCCAGGAUUCCUGAUUAUCGUGGAAGCAAUGGAGUAUGGACUCUUCUCGAGCAGGGUAAAGAUAUUGGAUUGCAUGAUCUGAGUGCUGCCAAACCAACUCUCACCCACAUGGCAUUAUUUAAACUCUAUCAAGAAAAAAUCUUGAAACAUGUUGUAUCUCAAAAUUGUGAUGGUCUCCAUCUGCGGAGUGGAUUGCCACGCUCAGCUUUGUCUGAAAUUCAUGGAAAUAUGUAUUUAGAGGUUUGUCAUGAUUGCGAACCGAUCCGGUUUUACCUGCGUUUAUUUGAUGUAACGCAGCACACAGCAAGAUAUAGUCAUGAAACGUUAAGGUUAUGUUACUUUUGUGGAUCACCGUUGUGCGAUACCAUCGUUCAUUUUGGUGAACGUGGCGUUUUGCAAUGGCCACUCAAUUGGAAAACUGCUUCAGACAAUGCAAAUCAGGCUGAUGUUAUUCUUUGUCUAGGUUCAAGUCUCAAGGUGCUGAAAAAGUAUCCAUGGCUCUGGGGAAUGGAUAAACCACUAAGGAAAAGGCCUCAAUUGUUUAUCGUGAAUUUACAGUGGACGCCUAAAGAUGAACAUGCGACAUUGAAAAUUAACGGAAAAUGCGAUGCAGUGUUUGAGAAAGUAAUGCACCUCCUAAAUGUAGAAAUUCCAAAAUAUAGUCGUCAUCGAGAUCCAAUUUACAAUCAUGCAACUCUUAUUCAUCCUGUGGAGUCACAUAUUACCUCUAAGCCAGCCCUCAAAACGCCACAAAAUUCUACAAACCCAUUACCUGAUGAUGGUAAGUUUCUUGAUCAGAGUAAAAUCUCAUCUUCUCCAUUGAUGGAUGUGAAAAAAGAGGAAUGCAUAACAGAAGAGCAACCACCAGAAAAUGUAGACUUAAAGCCUCGCAUGUGCAAUGAAAAGGACUCUGUAGAAAACUGUUCAUUCAUGAAAAGUAUUGUGUUGGAUGAUAAUAAGUUCGACGUGAAGGAAGAAUUCCAAGAGGAACCUGCCGAACAAGAUCCUUUGCAAAAUUUAGAUUGGAAAGAAAGUAGGUCAAACGGUCCAAUGCAUUGUGGAUUUGUGAAAGAAAUGGUCAAGGAGGAACAAGUCAAAAUUGAACCAUCACUAAAUGGAGAGGAGAAAGUUAUUAAUAUCCUUAAAAGUAAGAUAAAUUGCUCAAUCUUGAAUGGAAAUGAGUCUUCUGGAAACCACUCACCAAAGAAUUUGGAUCAUACGGGAAACCGUGUUUUUAACUGCCAGAUGAAAUUCUUCAAAACCAUAAAGGAGGUAGCUGAAGAUAACGUGGUAGAAAGGGACUGUUUACACAGUAAAGAAUGUAAAACAAAUAGUAUCAUUAAUGAAGAUGUGAAAUUUUGUGAAGUGAUUCAAGAUGAAUUGGAGGAAAAUUACUCACAAAGCAGGAAAUCGGAGCUGAGAGAUCAGCGAAUCAACAGUAUCAUUUUCACAGAAAGCUCCAAUUUUAGAAUUAUACCCAGUAAUGAAGCAGUUGAAUCAAAGUUUGCAGAAAUCACUGUAUCUCACAAUGGAGAGCAGAAGGUAAUAAAUAGUGUUAUUCUAAAUGAAACCAGUUUCCGGAAAACUGACUUCGGGCAAGAAGACUCAAUUCGGAAGGAAGGUGGGCAAAUCCUAAAUGGUAUUAUUAUAGAUAAUGGAGUGAACUUUUGUGAAAUCAUGGAACAGGCUGAGUCUGCAGAAGAAGAUUUUGAAGAAACAGACCCUCUCCAUAUCGGAGAAGAAUCUGAUCAGGUUAUAUUCGAUUGUCAGGUUAUGGAUUUUUCCUCUGUGGACCUGGCACUGGGGGCUGGUGAAACUGUUGGGAUAUCGAUUCCUGCUGACUUUGAUGAAGUCUACCGACGGAUUCGUGAUAACAUCGUAGAAACCUCCAAUAUUAUCAACAACGAUUGGCUCGAGGAUAGUUGUAAGACCAAAUCUGUGAUACCUAGCACUCGUGAUACUCAAACCCAAGAUACUCAUUCGAUAAUAAAGACUGAUAGCUUUAAUGACAGUGUGAGUGUUACUGCUGAAACCGACAAAGCAAUAUCAUCCCAACGUUGUGACUUUUGUCGUAUCUACUAUGAUUCGAAUAAUUGCCUCUUUUACAUGAAGUUCACAAACGCAAACCUCAAUUUCAAAGAUCGUUGUUGUUUAUGCUGCGAGAGUCCUGAUUCGAGCAUUGCAAAGAAACCCUCCAAUAGUCAUCAAAACAGCAUCAAUCCAGGGUGGUUUGGCAAAGGAUAUCGAAAGAAAAUCAAGAGAAAGAAAUGAGCCUAAGGUGUUGGGAAGUGUGGAAUAUUUUGAUGCACCAAUGCAAGCUUUUUAUCUGAAAGUUUCAUCGCCAUUAAUACAGCAUCCCUUCUAUCACAAGAUGAGAGGGCAAACUGAUGGAAACUUAACUUCAAUGAACCAUUUUUUUGGCUCAUUCAGAAGCAACUAUCAGCCUUUGAUUACCUUACACAGAUAAGAUAGGAUUGUCAUACUUUUAGUUCCUUUUAUCCUAAUGCUGUCUUACUAAUUUUAGUUUUAUUAGAACAUAUUUUUCAGUAUCUCUCUCAACUUUUGCCUGCAAUAUUAGAAAAUUAUCCUAAAAAGCUCUUCUAAAAUCCACUAGUGGGAAUAGCAGUACUCGUAUUUUAGUUCCCUGAGGAAUAUUUUCCCCUAAAAUUUCAUCUAAAUGUCAAGCUGACAGUAGGGGUCUUGUCCUUGUUAAUUCUAAGAGCUCUGUUUUUUACUGAACCAUAUGACUCAGUUACAAUGAAGUAAAUACACUGCUGUAAUUUGAAACGAGAGGGUCAAUUAGCCAAUGGAGCUUAGGCAUGUGUCAGGGAUUCGUGAUUUAAGUACUUUUUCUGAAGUAAAUUCUUGAGAAAAAUACAAUGGUGCCACCAAUUUCCUCUGAUACAAACUUUCAAGCUCAGCAAAAGCUCUUACAGUUGAGGUCACAAUGAAAGGAAUCCCCUACACUACGCUGAGAGACCAUCUCUAUACCCAGUCAGACUCUCCGUACAUAGCUAAGGAGCCAAUACAUUAGUAAGAUUGCUGAGGCUGCAGGCUUGCAGUCCCUAAACAAAGCAGCAAACCUGCCAAUUUGUUUGCUUGCCAGCUGUUCAUUAAACUGUGUGCGCUCAUAACCUGAAUUUUUUAUGCUGCGCCCAGGGCGAUUUGGAAUUAACAAAAAAAACACCGGUACAAUAAAUUCAUCCAAAGAUUCCACUGAAAAGAUUUCAGCCCGAUCAGAGGCGGCAGCUUGGGAAGCUUCAAUUGCAACUUUAUUUGCCGACGUUUUAAAACUCUCGCUAUUAUCUAGAAAUAGCAUUUUACGAUUUGUGCUGCUUUCCCUCCCAUCUCCUGUCAUAUCUCAGAACAGGACAGCCUGGGGCUUCUCCCUGCGAAAAUAAUGAAAGUUGAUGCCCUAUGUCACCUAUUUGGCAUCAAAGGCAACUUUCUUGAUCAAAGCAGAUCAGGAAAAAUCCCUCUUCAUGCUGUGACAUGUGUGUUCAUGUGUGUGUGCAAUAUCUUUUUUCAGGUUUCUUAAGUUAUUCUGUGUUUGUAUGUUUGAAUAUCUUGUUAUUAUUAUUGGACCUGGCGUUGAUAAUCUGUGACAUGAUGUUCGUGUCUCUUUAAAAAUGUUAUUACUUUUUACUUUAAAGUGUAGUGGAGGUUCAUCUAUACGAUGCUCUGUUAUCUAAUAUCUCUUUUAUCUAGUAGAUAUCCGAUUACUUGUUUACAUCUAUUUUACCAAAGUUUCCAAGUAUUGAUUUUCCCUUAUUGUCUGUUUUUUCCCCCUGCAUUUUAGUAUCUCCACUGCGAAUCGAUCAAGUUUAACAGAAACACACCAAGUGGCAUUAAGUUGGAAGUAGAAAAGGAGGUUUGAAGUUUUGUUCCUCCGUAAGAUUUCAUGUUCAGAACAAAGUCUAAUGAUUGUUUUAUGUUCAUAAUAUCUUCUCUUGUCUUUGAAUUUUUGAGAGGAGACAAUUUAUGACUUUUUAAAUAUUAGGUACUUCUAACUCAUUUUUUUCCAAAGUAUGACCUGGUGCAUUUCCGCUAAACUCGGUCCAGAUUUCCAAAUAAGUAAAGUUCCAUGGUUGGAGCAAUUAAAAAAUUGUGCUCAAAUAUUCAUAGGCUUCGGUCCUUGCAUGUAAAUAUGAAGGAGGAAAACAAUCAUUUUAAUUAUUUUUAAUCCACAAAAGUUUGAAUUAUUCGAACACAGCACUGUCAGUUCGGAAUUAAUAGUCUCAAUAUAACCUUGGCAGUUCAUAACUUUUUGUCACUUGCAUAGUUAUGAUCACUUUAAAACUUCCACUGACUUUAAAUCAAAAUUAGCUACCAAAAAAUUCUCCUCGUAGUUCACGCUCUUUAUCUUAGUCCUCCCAACCAAUGCCUGAGGGGCUGGCUUGUAAGCUUAUUCUUCUGUAAUUUUCCUUGACUCUAAUUUGGGGAACUUUCCUUUUCAAAGGCUUCUACAAGUUUAUCGUAGACUGCAUACCUUUUUGAAUUUAAAAAAAAAAAAGAAAGAAAAAAAAGUAAUCUCCAGUCUAAGUAAUGGCCCUUGCAGAGCCAUUUUGAAUUUGCUCUAUUCCUGUGCGUUAACCAUUGCUGUACCAGGAGCUAAUAUUAAUCAAUGUUUCUAAUUUCAACAAUGAUUUGCAGGAACUGUCAGGCCGAAGUAGGUGAAGUAUGAAAAAUCUCCAUCUCGUCACUUUUAUUAUUGCGUUAGGUGUCAUAAGUGAGCUUAGAACUUAAAG